UUUAUACUAUGCUGGGGGGGCCUCAGAGAGAAAAAGGUUGAGAACUCCUGGUAGAGUCCACAUCUCCACUGUGAGAGAUACUUUCAUCUCCAUACCCCAUUCAAGGGAACAGGGGAGACAGAAACCUAAUGGACAGGCUAAUUCAUCCCCAUCUCUCCAGCUUUCAAGGGGCCAGAAGCAGGGUAUUGCCCUUAGGGGGGAGACCUGUCCUCUCUCUGGUCCCGCGCCUGCAACGCCUCAAGAUGCCUAGAAAAGAGGAUCGACUGCCACUGGAAGUGGUGUGAGGAAUUCUGGUGCCACGCUUAAAGACCCCGGAUCACACCAUCAUCACCCCGACCACCAGAACGAUGCUGGAAAGGACCCUGAAAGAUGCCAUCCGCUGCCACUAUGCCGAGACCCUCAAGCGGAAGCUGGACCAGGGCAAGGUGUUCGAGGUGUCCAGCAAGUGGGACGCUGGCAACCACUUCCUCCCCAGGGGCAGCUUCACCAGGUUCGCUGGCUGGCAGUUCGUCCACCGGGCCCGACUCAACUGCGUUCCCCUCAACGGAGCCAUCCGCCAUGGCAACCGGGACAAGCUCUGCAGGAAGUGCAGCUACGCCAAAAAGACCCACCCCACGUCCUGUGUGGAUGCAAACAGCACUCCGGAGCCUGGUGGCCCGUCACAAUGCCAUCCAGAACCAGCUGGUGAAAGCCAUCCUGCCAUCCCUGGGGAAUAUCACCAUCAACUCUGCCAUCCCCGGGACAGACAGCCGACUGCGACCCGACAUCGCUGUGACGGACGCAGAAAAGAAGAAGGUCCUCAUGGUAGACAUGACAGUGCCAUUUGAAAACAGGUCACCAGCCUUCCAUGAGGCCCGAGCACGGAAGGCGUUGAAGUGCACCCCGCUGGCCGACACCCUGAGAGCCCAGGGCUAUGAGGUCCAGAUACACGCCCUGAUCGUGGGAGCCCUGGGCUCGUGGGACCCCCACAACAAGGCGGUACUGAGAGCAUGUGGAGUCGAUCGAUGCUACGCCCGGCUCAUGAGACAGCUCAUGGUGUCCGACACCAUCAGGUGGUCCAGAGACAUCUAUAUGGAACACAUCACGGGACACCGUCGAUACCAGGAUUCCUCAUCCCCAAACCUGAGCUGAUCGCCCGGCUGGAACGAGGGGAAGAGCUGUGGGUCCCGGAUCUCCAGGCUGAUGAGGAAAGGGAGAGCCCAAGAAGCACCCGCACAGCAGGUGAUAGGACAGUGAGUGAGAACAAGGAGGAGAAUCAGCAGGAGGAAGGUCCUGGGAAAGUGGAAUCGCAGGAGUUGGUUUUGAGAAGAGUUGAAGGGAUUUUUUCCCAGUGCUUGGAACAGGGAAA